GGAGAGAACCCUACUCAGUAUUCACCAUGUUAGUUAUCAUUACGUGCGCUCUUGCUCUUCUAACCACUAUCAGUGCUGAUGUGCGCAGUGAUGCGCUGACAAAGCACAACGCAUACCGAGCUAAGCAUGGUGCACCACCCAUGGCUUGGCACAGUGGAGCCGCAGCCCAUGCUCAGGAACAUUGCGACUAUUUGGCCAGAACUGGACAGUUUUCUCACAGCAAAAGUAGAUACGGAGAGAACCUGUACGGUGGGUGGGGAAGCAGAGGAAGUAAGAUUGGAGCAGCUGUUGACCUCUGGUACAAUGAGGUGAAAUACUACAACUACAGUAACGGGGGCUUCAGCAUGAGGACGGGACAUUUUACACAAGUAGUCUGGAAGAGUUCCACUGGACUAGGAUGCGCUGAAGCUAAAGGAAGCAGAACAGUGGUCUGCUGCAACUACUCCCCACCUGGCAACUACAGAGGUCGAUUCCAGGAGAACGUCCUUCCUCCCAGAGUAUAGACUUGAAACUGCUUCAGCUUUUUAAAAACCCCGAAUUUGUGAAGAAAAACGCUGGGGUGACCCGUAUUUCUCUAGCAAAGUGUUUAAAUAACCUCAAUGACUAAUAUUUAUACCAGCUUUUUGAACUUCUUUAAAGAUAUAUUACUUCUUAGCAUCAUAGCCACAUAAUUAUCUUCGCGGGGAUUAGUUAUGACAGCACACAUUUCUAA